AUGGACAUCAAGUUUUGCAAGACCAACCUCCUCAUUGAGCACAAGGAGUUGGAUGGGAGGUUCCAAUUCAAGUUCACACAUCCAUUGGCUGGCCCUCCAAGCUUCUCCUGCCCAACCCUGAGCUCACCACAGCUCAGGAAUGCGGAUUUGGGUGAGCCUGAGUGCUACUACUUUGAGGAGUAUGAGGCUCCAAGGAUGAACCCCUCUGUUGUGGCUGCCACAAGAGGAUUGGACUUCUCCAAAAGUUCAACAAUGGCAAGGGAAAGCCAUGGAGAAGAUGCAAAAGUCCAUGGACAAGAUGGUGAGCAAGAUCAAAAGUUUGGAGAAGAAGGUUUCUGGUUCUUCAAGCAAGAAGAAGUCCAAGGCCUCCCACUUUCCCUAGGAGUAGGUCACUCCUCACCACCCAAAGGAGGCUCCCUGCCCAAGAGCCUCACAGAGCCUCUUCUUUCGAGCCAAGGGAAGGAGAAGACAACACGCAGAGAAGGAGGAAGACUUCCAAGGCCAGACGCUCCAGCUCGACCACCGGACUCGAUCGAGUCCAAACAGAGGAAACUCAACUCGAUCGAGCUGACGGUCGAGUUGACCUGGAGGAGCCCCUGUUUGAGAUCCUGGGAUUCGAGUACGAUCAACCCAGUACCAGGACUUCUCUCAGACUGGACCCCUACAACCGCUUCGAGCGAGCACAAUGCUCCACCAAGGCCAAGGAAGCCACACACUUUGAAGAUGAAGAAGAGAGGAAGAGGAGCCACAAGCUCGAUCGAGUGA